AUGUCACUACCGUCGGUGUACUUGACCGAAAUCGAGUCUCUCAGUCAAGAAAUUAUUAGAAACCAGCCUACCGAUAUUUUACAAUUCUGUGCCAACUAUUUUAGUCAACGCCUAGAAACUGAGCGCACUGGGUUUCUGUCAGCUCGCAAUAGAUCAUAUCGUUCCGUAUCACCAGGGACAGCAAAUCGGCCGAGAAUGGCUGGAAACACAUUUCCUGGUCGGCUUGGAACUCACGCCAAUCCUUUUGGUGGUGAUGGAAAUGGUUUAGGACAUGAACAAGCGGUUCCCGGCAAUAUUUCAAAAGUCAUAGAGGAGGAUGAAAAUGAUACGAUAACAUCACCAACAACACCAAAUUUUGGAUUCUCAAAGGGAGUCCCUUCGUUUGGAGCUUCGUUUGGACCUUCUUUCGGAGCUUCAUUCGGAGGAGAUGCAAGUACCGGAGACUUUCCACCAUCUUCUUUCAAACCUGCGAGCGAAGGAUUUCCCGAGCAUUACGGCAUGGGAAGGCGCACUUCUGUUUCAGCCGAAUCUCUCAACCCAACAGCUUCAUCCAACGAUAACUGGUCUCCACCCUUUCAUCAAAAAACACCGGAUCAAGUAGCACGCUUGAAGAAGUCAAUUUCUGGAAACUUUCUCUUUAGCCAUCUUGAUGACGAACAAAGCGCUCAAGUACUAGGUGCUCUCGUAGAGAAGCCAAUUCCUGCCGUUGGUAUCAAGGUCAUCUCGCAAGGUGAUCAGGGAGAUUUCUUCUACGUAGUCGAGAAAGGCUCCUUUGACGUACAUGUCAACUCCACUGGCUCACUGCAACCAGGUCCCGAUGGUCUCGGGACCAAGGUAGCCACCAUUGAGCCUGGUGGAUCCUUUGGUGAACUCGCCCUCAUGUAUAACGCCCCCAGAGCAGCCACAGUUAUAUCUGCAGAGGCUUCCUGCACUCUCUGGGCUUUAGAUCGUAUAACUUUCCGCCGAAUUCUCAUGGAUUCAACAUUCCAGCGCCGUCGUCUCUAUGAAAGUUUCCUCGAAGAAGUGCCACUUCUCUCAACUUUGACCCGUUAUGAAAGGUCGAAAAUUGCUGAUGCUUUGGAGACACAGAAAUACCCACCUGGUACUUCGAUCAUAAAUGAAGGAGAUGCCGGAGAGGCAUUCUAUCUUCUUGAGAGUGGAGAGGCCGAAGCAUACAAGCGUGGUGUAGAUAACCCAGUAAAAUUAUACCACAAGGGAGACUAUUUCGGAGAAUUGGCGUUACUAAAUGAUGCUCCCCGAGCUGCUAGUGUCGUUAGCAAAACCGAAGUAAAGGUAGCUACCCUUGGCAAAAACGGGUUCCAGAGGUUAUUGGGACCGGUUGAAAGUAUUAUGAGAAGAACAAAAUAUGAGGGCGUGGAGAGCAUUGAUCCCCUUCACCAGAACUAA